AUGAAACUAAAUUCCAAUAAGUUAUUACCGGCUGCAAAAAUUGGUGAUACUGUUAGAUUACCUGUCUCCGAUGUUGAUAGAGGACGAGCUGAUGUAAGGAAUAUAUUAGGCGUUGUUACGACAGUUGACGAUAACAUGUAUUACAAAAUCGGUACAGAAAAGGGCACAUUGCCACACUUAUUUACAAGAAAUCAGUUCAGUGUAUGUCCAGCUCCCCUUAUUGCUACCGAAAUAGUUUCAGUUGUUGAAAAAUCUCUUCGUGAGAUUGCAGCGACUUCAUCUCUAUGUGGUGGUCAAGGAUACAAAAGAUGCUCGUGCAAAACCAAAUGUGGUUCAAAAAAGUGCUAUUGUAAGGCAGCUAAUAUUUUAUGCAACUCUAAAUGUCACGGAAGUUCGUCAUGUUUGAAUAAAUAG